AUGGAGUGUGGUGGCGUCUCCGCCGUGCAGGUGCAGCCGGCAGUGCCAACGGAUCAGCCCGGGCCCGUGCAGCCGUGGGAGUACAGCCUGCGGAAGUACCUCCUGCUGCUGGCGGCCAUGGUGGUGACCAUCACUUACACCGCGGGGUUCAACCCGCCGGGAGGCGUCUGGCAGGCGGCCCAUGAUGGCCAACCUGCCGGCGACCCCAUCAUCCGCUACACCCACUACCACCGCUACCUCGCCUUCUUCUACUGCAACGCCACCGCCUUCGCCGCCCCGCUCGUGGUCAUCGUCCUCAUCCUCGUCCUCGCCAUCCGGCACGACAAGAAGGGGAAGAACAGCCGAUGGGUCGUUGUGCCGCUGCGGGGCGUCAUGGUGGUAGACCUCCUCAGCCUCAUGGCCGCUUACGGCGCAGGCACGUGCCGGGACAAGAUUUCAACCAUCUACUCGACGGUGCUGGUGGCCAUUGUGUUCCUCUACAUCCUUGUUCUCAAGUUGACGGACUGCUGGGGCAAGAACUCCGACUCCGGCGCCGGCUGCAGCGGCGGGAUGCCCGUCUCCAAUGGCAACACCGGCACAGGUGGAGUGAUGCCCACUCCCAAUGCCGACUCCGGCUCUGGCACAAUUCCUGCCCCCAUCCUUAGCUCUGACCCCAUGGUUGAAGAACGGCUCUGUGUCCGUGACCGCAAGGCCGUGAAGAAGCUCAAAGCGGAAGAGCGGCUCCGCAAGGUCCUGAUGCUCCUGGCGACAUUCGCCGUGAGCAUCACGUACGUCGCCGGGCUGAGCACGCCGGGUGGCUUCUGGGACAGCACCGGGGGGAGCCACCGCCCAGGCGACGCCAUCCUCAAGGACCAGCACAGCCCGCGCUUGGCGGUGUUCAUGCUCUGCAACACCACGGCGUUUGUUACGUCCCUGCUCAUCACCAUGGUGCUCAUCAUUGAUGGCAAGAAGCUCCGCAAGAAGAAGACGGCUCGGUCUCGCAUGCUCUGCGGGUGCAUCGUCGUCGCUCUGGUCGGUCUCGUCGCCGCAUACGUGGCUGGCAGUUGCAGGGAGAUCGAUACCACCGCCUACAUGGUCAGCCUAGUCGGCGCCGUUCUGGCAAUGAUAUACAUCAUCCUUCUCUAUGUCUAUGGUAUCUACGCUCCAGCGUCAAGAUCCUUGUCUUUCGCUAUCUACGUCAGAAGUCCAGCUGACAAAACUGAAGAACUUCAGCAGGCUGGUGAUAAUGUCAGUACAGUGGAGGCUCUGGACAAGGCUCGCUCUCUUGUUCUACUUCUCGCCACUCUUGCCGCCGCCAUCACCUACACAGCGGGGUUAGACCCGCCGGGUGGGCUUUGGCAGGACAACACCGACGGACACAUGGCCGGUGAUCCCAUCCUUCUCACGACCAAUCCUAGGCGAUACAAGGCCUUCUUCUACUGCAACUCGGUUGCCUUCGUGGCCUCCUUGGCGGCCAUCGUCCUAGUCCAGAAGGAGAUUCUGGUCAAGCACCACGUGCUGGAGGCAGCCAUGAUACUCGACCUGUUUGGCCUCAUUGGCGCAUAUGCCGCUGGGAGCUGCCGGGACGUGAACACCUCCAUUAACGACAUGGCUUUGGCAGGCGCCGUCCUAGCCUAUGUGGUUAUCCAUGUCAUCUUCUUCACGCUGAACUACAAGGAAAAAGAAGAAGAGGACCAAGCAAAUCAGUUGCUGGAGAAGAGGCGCAAACGGCUGCUCCUCUUCGCAAUCUUGGCCGCGACCAUUACCUACCAAGCCGGCCUCACCCCUCCUGGUGGCUUCCUGCUCCAGGAUGACAAGCUUGGGCACCACGCUGGCGAUCCGGUCCUCCUGUACAAUUUCCCACGCUGCUACAAGAUUUUCUUCUACUUCAACUCGGCGAGCUUCAUGUUGUCCAUCUCCCUCAUCAUACUCCUGGUGAACCCCAAUUUGUACAGGCCAGCCAUACGAAGCAAUGCACUAUCUGUUUGUACGGCGGUGGGCUUGUUUUGUUUGAUGGGGGCCUAUGCCGCUGGAAGCACCCAACACCUCAAGACAUCCAUCUACAUCUUCGUGUUGGUCGGUGUGGUCCUUCUCGUUGUAGUUGGCCUGCUGCUGGUAUUUUUGCUAAGGGAGCAGAAGAAUGAUGGCAAUUCAGCAGCUGUUGCGCCAUCCAUACCCGAUGAACAGAAGCAGGAAGAAGAACAAGAAAGGAAGGAGGAUGAAGAAGAAAGGAAGAAGCACGCGAGGCGCAAGUACCUGAUGCUGCUAGGCGUCUUGGUGGUAAGUGUAGCCUACCAGGCCGGCCUAGAACCACCGGGAGGAGCGUGGCAGAGCAGUGGCAAUGGGUACGAGGCAGGCGACCCGGUGAUGCAUGAUAACAGGAGGCCCCAGUACAUCGUCUUCUUCUACAGCAACUCCUUUUCCUUUGUGGCUUCCAUUGUAGUCAUCAUGAUGUUGCUACCGCAUUGGCUGCCAAACAAUAAGGAAGAAGAAUGGGAGAAAUGGUCGCUGAGGGUGCUGAACUGGACGAUCCUACUGGAUUUGGUCACUCUCCUAGUGGCCUAUGCAGCCGGCUCCAGCAGGGGGUGGGAGACGCCUGUGUAUGUCGGCAUGAUCAUACUACUCGCCGUUCUGGGCUACUUUGCAAUCCACACGAAGCUGUCAAUAUGUUCCGAUCGUCGCCAUGACAGACGCCAGAGCAGCCAAAGACAUCUCCCAGUGUGA